UUAAAUCACUAGUAAAACACAUUUAAAAAUUAUGCAAUUACUAGAAUAUAAAUUAGUGCCGAAAUGGUUGGCUCACAAUAAAUAUAUAUUAACCGCCUAUCGGCCACCAUAUCCAUCAUUUUGGUAUUGUUUGAAAACUGUUAUCCGAUUGCAUAACGAAACGGGAAAUAUCUUUACACAUAUGAUAGCAUUUUUCAUAUAUUGUAUACUCUUUGUCCAUACUAUGAAAUGUCAUACAUUUAAAAAUUACAAACCAAUGGAUGGUUUUAUAAUUUGUCUAUAUUUUGUGUCCUCAAUAACAUGCUAUGGAUUGUCGACAUUGUUUCAUCUGUUUAAGUGCCACUCCUGCAAAGUUUUCAAAUUUUUUGCAAAAUUAGAUUAUCUCGGUAUUACUUUAUUGAUGGUCUCAUCAAACAUAGUGUGGAUCUAUUAUACCUUUUAUAAUGUAUUACUACCUAAAAUAAUACACAUGUCUUUAAUAUCAAUAGUGGGAAUCAGUGGUAUUAUUGUCACAUUAAGAGAUGGCUUUUCCGAUGGCAAUCUCCAAGUGAUCAGAGGAGUGGUAUUCCUAAUAAAAGGACUUUUUGCCAUCGCCCCAAUUGUACAUUUUUGUAGUCAUUCACAAUUCAAUGAUCCCGUUAUUUCGCAGUCAAUCAUAAAAGCAUUGAUACUAUUGCUGUUAAUGGCUGCCAUAUAUAUAUCGGGUGUCAUACUAUAUAUGACCAGAAUACCUGAGCGAUUUUUACCGGGAAUGUUUGACCUAUGGUUUCAUUCACACCAAUUGUUUCAUAUGUGUAGUAUAGUUGCGGGAAUCUGUUAUUAUCAAAGCGUCUAUCUAUUGAUCAAUGCCAGACUCAAAUCAACUGUAGUCCCGACAAUGCAAAUGUAA